AGUCUUCACAGGGUGCCUAUCUCUGAGAGAGACACCUGUCCCAUGCAACGCAAGCAGUCCGGAGAGGCAGAGGGCCCGGCCAAGGGCAAAGCGCAGGAAGGCGAGCAGCCCCCCAAGGAAGAAAGCGAGCCCAAGGGCAGCAGAAGCCCUGGCUCUGAAUCCAGGCAAAGAUCCAACUCCGGCCACGGGCGCAAACACAGCAAAAAGCAUCAGGCCGACCCCCAUGCAGCUGCCAUUAAGACCUACUCCCCUUUCCUCAACACUGUCUUUGGCAAGGAGAGGGAGCUUUCACCAGUGGAGCUGGAUGAACUGCUAGAUGCCUUCAAGGAGUUUGACACUGACCAGGAUGGCUACAUCAGUUACAAGGACCUGGGAGAGUGCAUGAGAACUAUGGGCUACAUGCCCACCGAGAUGGAGCUGAUUGAGAUCUCCCAACACAUCAAAAUGCGCAUGGGAGGUCGUGUAGACUUUGAGGACUUCGUAGAGAUGAUGGGCCCAAAGUUGCGUGAGGAGACUGCUCACAUGGUGGGCGUGAGGGAGCUGAAAAUUGCCUUCCGUGAGUUUGACACAGAUGGGGAUGGAGCGAUCAGUGGGGCAGAGCUGCGCCAGGCCGUGACUGUACUCCUGGGGGAGCAACUCAAUGGCCAGGAAGUGGAUGAGAUCCUGCAGGACAUGGACCUCAAUGGGGAUGGAAGAGUGGACUUUGAUGAGUUUGUGAUGAUGCUGUCAAGCAGGUAACAAGAUCCAAAGGGGAAGUGAGUAUUUUCUUACUUCCAGAAUUACUGCCCUUUCCCCAUGAUAGCCAGAGGGAGCUGGCUGCCCUUUGAUGUCUCUUCACCUCCUGGAGAUAGUGGGGCAAAACCCACAGAAGGCUGCAGCAUCUCCUCCAAUUCUGGGUCCUUCAGUGAAAACCCAUGCACACCCAACUACCAGCUGACUCCACCUUCACAUGGUGCAAGAUAUCUCAGGGGGGAAACUCUGACCCAGGGGAGCUAUCCUGCAGCUGGGCUCCUGAAGAGGCCUCCUCUCUCCUCUGGAUAUGGAAGAUCAUUCCUAACUAUGGAUCACAUCUGAAGCUUUGGGUGAUCUUCCUGUAUCCAAGCUUUCUGCACAGUAUUUUUCUAUUUUAUUCUUUCAUUUCUAUAUCACAAACCAAUCUAAUAUCUGUCUGUCUGUCUGUCUGGUAUACAAAAUCUCAGUUAAAAGCAAAACACUAUAACAGAUAAUAUCAAAACAAAAUACAUUCAGUUUUGGGCUUCACCCAUGAGCCCAGAAUUCCUGGCAAAUCCCACUAAAAUCAGGAAGUUGAUCCGAGCAAAAUUUCAUAUUUCACUCCCCCUUGGGAUGUCAGUAUUCUCCUGAAUUUGAAUGGUGGUAUCCAUAUAUCUCCAGGGCAAAACAAAUACAUGAAUGAAAGGCCUGUUUGCAGAGGCCUUAAGAUGGAAUGGGAAGAAAUGAACUUUAGUGUGUUUCUGUCCGUCCCCACUAGGCUACGUUACUGGGGAUGCGUGUGCACUGUCUUGUUAAAUCAAUACAACAAAACUCAGGCCUAGCCAGUAGCAAACUGGAAGAACCAGCCCAUUGCUAUGUAUUUCCAGAACAUGUGAAGUGCUCCCCAAGGACUACCUUGCUGAAGCCUCAACUUUAUAUUUUUUGUAGUGCAACAGUUUAAGCCACAGUUCAAGUCCUUUCUCUCUCCUAUGCCAAGAGCUGGCAGGAGCCUGUACUGCAAAAUAAAAGGGUUUGUAGAGCAUAGCUCAGUGUUGGAGCAAACAUCCCACGUUCUAAAGUUCCCAGACUGUAUCACCAGCGUUUUGAGCCAAGAGGUAGGGUAGCUGCAGGAAGGUUAGGAAAGCCCCACUGAAUGAAACCCCAGAGAGUUACCACCAGGCAGAGCAGACAGGGUCUUGACUAGGUGGCCCGACUGAGUAUGGGAUAACCUCAUAGGUAGCAUAUUGGGGGGAAAUGGAAAAGCAGCAUUGUAUGCAACAAGCAGUGGGGCAGAUCCAAUACCGUUAACAAUUAGGCACCCAGAAUCGUAAGACUGUGAGCUCUGGGGAACCUUUCACUCAUAAGAUUAUGUAUCUAUUUUAGAAGUGAGAGAGAAUCCUUCUUUCCUCCUCCCCACACACCCAUCGGAUAACACUGCCAUUAUCUCAUUGGUCAUUCCCAACAGUGUCACCACUGAGAGGGAAAGGGUGGCCACCUGCUUUACCUUACAGGGGACAGUCCUCUAAUUGGAAGGUCAUCUCUAACUGAAGGGCAAUCCAGUCCAAGUCCAUUUUAAAGAUGAACCAUAAGAAGGAAGGGCAGGGGCCUUGUAUAUGAGAGAGCUGGAUCCUUGAAGUUUCCCAUUCACAGCACGGGGCAGGAGACUGAGCUGGCACACAAGUCACCUGGUCACAGUCUUUCCCAGUAUGUACAGUGAGAUGCAUUGCACUUUCAUUUAAAUUAUAAACAUUUUCAAAAUUUGCAAUGAUACACAUAAAAUUGGAUUAUGCAAAUAAGCAUCCUUUUAUUUUUGUCGCCACCCUCAUGAAGAAGGACAUUUGGGGGGUAGGGCAGCUGAGCCUGAGCUAAAAAGGCUCAGGCAGUCCUGAAUAGAUCACAGGAUUUGAAUCUAGACUCACACCUUGUAUUCAUGCUAACUCUAACCGUAUUAGAACAUAGUGAUCCACUCCAACAGAACAGUUCCAUCCCACAGAUAUUAAAAGGCAAUCUAUAAAACUUGCAGGGGGACC